CCCCUGGGCACCGAUAGCCUAGCAGCGGCAGGAGCGCUAGCUCCUUAGCACCUACCUCACGCCUAUGAAGCAGCUGGGGCUCACAGCCUAGGCUGGGCAAGCAGCGGGAAGGACGGUUCUGCUGGCUGCUUCACCGUGUGUGUGUGUGUGUGUGUGUGUGUGUGUCACCAGGACAGAGUCUCUCCCUGUGUGUCCGCGAGCGCGCGCAUCCCGUGCAGGAGCAGGGCGAGCUGACAGGAGAGCGGGGAGGGCGGCCCUCGCUCGGGCGGGAGCCCACCGGGUCCGUCCCGGAGCAGGGGGCGGAGACCGCUGCGGCCCGCGGCCCCUUUAAUCGGGGGCGCGCGCCGGCCGGCCCGCGCGCUCUCGCCGCCGUCACCGGGCCGGAGCGGGAGCCGGCGCCGAGCCGAGGCCGGAGCGGGAGCGAUGGAGCCCCCGCGGGCGUCCGCGCUGCGCCGUCUGCUGCCGCCGCUGCUGCUGCUGCUGCUGCCCCUGUCCCCCCGCGCCCGCGCCAAGUACGUGCGGGGCAACCUCAGCUCCAAGGAGGACUGGGUGUUCCUGACGAGAUUCUGCUUCCUCUCGGAUUAUGGCCGACUGGACUUCCGAUUCCGGUACCCCGAGGCCAAGUGCUGUCAGAACAUCCUCCUCUAUUUCGACGACCCGUCCCAGUGGCCAGCUGUGUACAAGGCAAGGGACAAGGACUGCUUGGCCAAGGAGUCGGUGAUCAGGCCGGAGAACAACCAGGUCAUCAACCUCACCACGCAGUACGCCUGGUCAGGCUGUCAGGUGGUGUUGGAGGAUGGGACCCGCUACCUCAGCUGCUCCAGUGGCCGCAGCUUCCGCUCCGUGCGGGAGCGAUGGUGGUAUAUCGCGCUCAGCAAGUGUGGGGCCCCCCACUCCCCACAGGGAGAGGGGCUGCAGCUGGAGUACGAGAUGGUUCUCACCAACGGCAAGUCCUUCUGGACGCGGCACUUCUCAGCUGACGAGUUUGGGAUCCUGGAGACAGACGUGACCUUUCUCCUCAUCUUCACCCUCAUCUUUGUCCUCUCCUGUUACUUUGGUUAUUUGCUGAAAGGCCGACAAUUACUCCACACAACGUAUAAAAUGUUCAUGGCCGCGGCAGGAGUGGAGGUCCUGAGCCUCCUGUUUUUCUGCAUCUACUGGGGCCAAUAUGCCACGGAUGGCGUUGGCAACGCCAGCGUGAAAAUCCUGGCCAAGCUGCUCUUCUCCUCCAGCUUCCUCAUCUUCCUGCUCACGCUCAUCCUUCUGGGGAAGGGAUUCACGGUGACACGGGGCCGCAUCAGCCACUCGGGCUCCGUGAAGCUGUCUGUGUACAUGACCCUGUACACCCUCACGCACGUGGUGCUGCUCAUCUACGAGGCAGAAUUCUUUGACCCGGGCCAGGUCCUGUACACGUACGAGUCCCCGGCGGGCUAUGGGCUGAUCGGGCUGCAGGUCGCGGCCUACGUGUGGUUCUGCUACGCUGUGCUGGUGUCCCUCCGCCACUUCCCCGAGAAGCAGCCCUUCUACGUGCCCUUCUUUGCUGCCUACACCCUCUGGUUCUUCGCUGUUCCCGUCACGGCUCUGAUCGCCAAUUUCGGGAUCCCGAAGUGGGCUCGGGAGAAGAUCGUCAACGGCAUCCAGCUGGGAGUGCACCUGUACGCCCACGGCGUGUUCCUGAUCAUGACCCGACCGUCGGCGGCCAACAAGAACUUCCCGUACCACGUGCGUACCUCGCAGAUCGCCUCCGCGGGGGUCCCCGGGCCCGGAGGGAGCCAAGCCGCGGACAAGGCCUUCCCGCAGCACGUCUACGGAAACGUGACGUUCAUCAGCGACUCGGUGCCCAACUUCACGGAGCUCUUCUCCAUCCCCCCGCCCACCUCCUCCGCCGGGAAGCAGGCGGAGGAGACGGCGGCCGCCCCUCGGGGCCGCGUGGUGACCACGGCCGAGCCGGGCGCAGCCUCCCCGCCCGCUCCCGCGGCGCCCCCCGGCCGGGCCGGCCCGACGCCGGGCUACCAGCCGCUCGUGCCGCAGACGGCGGCGCCGCACGCCGGCUUCACCGAGUACUUCAGCAUGCACACGGCCGGGGGCCCCGCGGCCCCGCUCUGAGCGCCCGCCCCGGCCCGGCCGCCCCCCCGCCCCGCCCCGCGCCCCCCCACCCCGUGCCAAACGGCCCCGCGGGAGCCGCUGUCCGCGUCCCCUCCCUCAGCCCCCGCCCCGAACGGCUCC